GGAUCUCGAGAGAGUCGCGGCUCUCGCGAUCUUUCGGAAGCCAACAUUCCACGCGGAGCACGGGCGCCUGUGCAGAGACUAGAGGGUCGGGAGGGCGAAGGCUAAGCGGGAGGUUGCAACCCCUUGGCUCGUUCUACCGAAAACCUGCGAGGGAGGGUGGUGGCCACUCACCAAUUCAGUCCCGAUGCCCAGCGCCAGCGCCGGCCGCAAGAGUCAGGAGAAGCCGCGGGAGAUCAUGGACGCGGCGGAAGAUUAUGCUAAAGAGAGAUAUGGAGUAUCUUCAAUGAUACAAUCACAAGAAAAACCAGAUCGAGUUUUGGUCCGGGUUAGAGACUUGACAAUACAAAAGGCUGAUGAAGUUGUUUGGGUGCGUGCAAGAGUUCAUACAAGCAGAGCUAAAGGGAAGCAGUGCUUCUUAGUCCUACGUCAGCAGCAGUUUAAUGUCCAGGCUCUUGUGGCAGUGGGAGACCAUGCAAGCAAACAGAUGGUUAAAUUUGCUGCCAAGUAAGUAAGCAAUUAUAUCCUGUUGUCAGAAUAAACAAUGGUGGGAACCAAGACUCCCAGGGGUUUGGACCAUUUUCAUACAUUAACAUCAAUGCCUCGUUUGUUUAAAAAUGUAGUUAUUUAAAUUGUCAGUUCAGUGUUGCUUGAAUACAUUAAACUCACAAAAGAGAAAAUAUGGAGCACAGGCUUGAAAUUCAUUUGGAACUGCUGAAGCAGCACUCUUUACAGACAAAUCACAUUUACUUUCAAGUAGAGUAACAAAAA